GUAAGGAGGUGGAGCCGCGUCCGCGGGUGGGCAGGGGAUUGGCAUGCUUGGGCAGGAGGGGCGGUGUGUCAGGUGUGGAAAGGCUCUGAGUGUGUUCCCAGAAGUCUAUGCCAGUGUGUGUCAGUGUGGGGGGCAUGGUGAGUGGGAGUGAGUUUGUGUGUGUGGGGUGAUUGUGAGCCUUGAGUGUGACUUUGUUUAUGGGGUGUGAACUUUGGGGGGAGUGUGUGAAGAUUAAUGGGAGCACGAGUGAGAGGUGGGGUUUGGGGAAGGCCAUGGGUGAGGCGUGGGAAGUGCCCCGCAGAGAGUGAGCAUGUGUGAGCAUGUGAAGACACCUAGAACCCAGGUGACCAGCGCCAUGUCCAGCCAGGUGGUGGGCAUUGAGCCUCUCUACAUCAAGGCAGAGCCAGCCAGCCCCGACAGCCCAAAGGGUUCCUCGGAGACCGAGACCGAGCCCCCAGUGGCCCUGGCCCCUGGCCCAGCUCCCACCCGCUGCCUCCCAGGCCACAAGGAAGAGGAGGAUGGGGAGGGGGCUGGGCCUGGCGAGCAGGGUGGUGGGAAGCUGGUGCUCAGCUCCCUGCCCAAACGCCUCUGCCUGGUCUGUGGGGAUGUGGCCUCCGGCUACCACUAUGGUGUGGCGUCCUGUGAGGCCUGCAAAGCCUUCUUCAAGAGGACCAUCCAGGGGAGCAUCGAGUACAGCUGUCCGGCCUCCAACGAGUGCGAGAUCACCAAGCGGAGACGCAAGGCUUGCCAGGCCUGUCGCUUCACCAAGUGCCUGCGGGUGGGCAUGCUCAAGGAGGGAGUGCGUCUGGACCGUGUGCGGGGAGGGCGCCAGAAGUACAAGCGGCGGCCAGAGGUGGACCCACUGCCCUUCCCGGGCUCCUUCCCUGCAGGACCCCUGGCGGGAGCUGGAGGCCCUCGGAAAACCGCCCCAGUAAAUGCACUGGUGUCCCAUCUGCUGGUGGUUGAGCCUGAGAAGCUGUAUGCCAUGCCUGACCCAGCGGGCCCUGACGGACACCUCCCGGCCGUGGCUACCCUCUGUGACCUCUUUGACCGAGAGAUCGUGGUCACCAUCAGCUGGGCCAAGAGCAUCCCAGGCUUCUCGUCACUGUCCCUGUCUGACCAGAUGUCAGUGCUGCAGAGCGUAUGGAUGGAGGUCUUGGUGUUGGGCGUGGCCCAGCGCUCGCUGCCACUGCAGGAUGAGCUGGCCUUCGCCGAGGACCUGGUCCUGGAUGAAGAGGGAGCGCGAGCAGCCGGCUUGGGGGAACUAGGGGCUGCCCUGCUGCAGCUGGUGAGGCGACUACAGGCCCUGAGGCUGGAGCGUGAGGAGUAUGUCCUGCUGAAAGCCCUGGCCCUUGCCAAUUCAGACUCUGUGCACAUCGAGGAUGCCGAGGCCGUGGAGCAGCUGCGAGAAGCUCUACACGAGGCCCUGCUGGAGUACGAAGCAGGCCGGGCAGGCCCCGGAGGGGGUGCCGAGCGGCGGCGGGCAGGCAGGCUGCUGCUCACAUUACCACUCCUUCGCCAGACAGCGGGCAAAGUGCUGGCCCAUUUCUAUGGGGUGAAGCUGGAGGGCAAGGUGCCCAUGCACAAGCUCUUCUUGGAGAUGCUCGAGGCCAUGAUGGACUGAGGCAAGGGGUGGGCAUGGGUGGGGGUGCUGGCAGGACCCGCCCAGUAUGGGGUCAGCCCCAAGGGGGCAGAGCUGGGGUCUGGGCAGAGCCACAGCCUGCUGGCAGGGCCAGGGCAAUACCAUCAGCCCCUGGGAGCAGGCCCUACGCCCUCCCCUCCCCCCCUCCCAGGGGGUCUUAGAAGCUGGGAACGUGUGUGUCCAGGCUCUGGGCACAGUGCUGUCCCUUGCAAGCCAUAACGUGCCCCCAGAGUGUUAAGGGGGCCUUGCGGAAGCCAUAGGGGGCUGCAGGGGACGUAUGUGGGGAGGGGGGGGGCAGAAGCCUGAUCUCAGGGAGGGAAGGGAGUGGAGGCCACAGUCUCCCAGUGGGUGAUGCUUUUGCUGCUGCUUAAUCCAACCCCCUCUCCAGAGCAGAGGGGUUUUUGGAGAGCAAAGGCCCCUGCCCCCUUCGCUCCUCUCCUCAUCAUUUGCAUUGGGCAUUACUGCCCCCCCUUGAAGCAAUAACUCCAAGCAGGCUCCAGCCCCUGGACCCCUGGGGUGGCCAGGGUUCCCCCCCCCCCCCAUCAGCUCCCACCCGGCCUCCUCAGGGGGUAGGGGGAGCACUGCCUCUAUGCCCUGCAGAGCAAUAACACUAUAUUUAUUUUUGGGUUUGGCCAGGGAGGUGCAGGGACAUAGGGCAAGCCAGGGCCCAGAGCCCUUGGCUGUACAGAGACUCUAUUUUAAUGUAUAUUUGCUGCAAAGAGAAACCGCUUUUGGUUUUGAACCUUUAAUGAGAAAAAAAAAAAUAUAUCGAGCUCAAGAACA